GACAUGCCUAAUACAGGUCCGACUGUCGAGUAGUACCUUUAACAUGUUGUUACGUUGGAUCCAUUUAGAUGCGAAGAUCUGUAAGAUCUGAUAAAAGGAAAAAAAAAAAAAGACUUGUUCGAGAUAUCUGAAGGAAGAAGAAGAAGGGGGCAGCAGAUAACAUGUCUGCGAUUGUUUGCGGAAAGAGAUCUCUGUUCGAGGACUUAGCCGCCGCUUCUCCUCCCGUCUCCAAGAAAAUCCGUUGCUUUUCUUCGUCUUCUCCGGCUCGUUUUUCUCCUCCGAUUCCGCCGUCUUCUUCGCUUCUUCUCGAUCAUCUCGCCGCGAUUUUCUCCGAUAUGGAUAAGCAGAUUCUUGAGAAGGCAAUCGAGGGAUGUGGAGAUGAUCUUGAUUCAGCCAUUAGAUGUUUGAAUCAGCUUCGUUUAGAAUCUGCCAAUAGGAAUUCAGACUCUGCUACAGACCAAUCUUCUCUUGUAAUCCAGGAAGCAAAUGUUGAAACUAAGCAGCAAGGAACAGCCAAGGAUGAAGUCUUAUCUAAUGGAGAACCAAAUGUCUUGAACUUGGACGGUACAGAGUGGGUCGAGCUUUUUGUUAGGGAAAUGACGAAUGCGUCUGAUAUGAAAGACGCCAAAACCCGCGCUGCAAGAGCAUUGGAAGCUUUGGAGAAGUCAAUCAAUGCACGUACUGGUGCUGCAGCAAUGCAAAAUCUCCAGCAGGAAAACAUGAUGCUGAAGCAGCAAUUAGAAGCCAUUGUACAGGAAAACAGUUUACUAAAACGAGCAGUAGUGACGCAACAGAAAAGGCAGAGAGAAUCUGAAGAUCAAAGUCAGGAAUUGCAGCAUUUGAGACAGCUAGUCACUCAAUACCAGGAACAGUUGAGAACUCUAGAGGUAAACAACUAUGCUCUGACUCUUCAUCUGAAACAAGCUCAGCAGAACAGUUCCAUCCCAGGACGGUACCAUCCAGACGUCUUUUAAUGCUUUGUGGGGCGCACAUAUAUCUCAUUUCGUUUCCAAUGUAUGUUUCUUUGUUGGUUGUGACUAUUUAUAUUGAUACGAAGUCUGGAAUCAUUGAUGAAUCACGAUAGUUGGGGAACAACAGAGUCUCCGAAGUCAAAACUGUAUUUUCUGUUUGUUGUUGUAUAUAUUGGCUUUGACUCGGGUGAUGGGCUCCAUAGAUAUCAGAUUUAUUUCAAUC